CACACUCAGCACUCGUGCGGUGCAGCAGCUAUCAUGACCCUGCUCGAGGACAGCCCCCUCCUUGAAUCCCCCAUCAACAGACGCCUUUACUGCAAGUGAUCUUCAUCAACAUGAGGAGGAAUCUCUGAGGAGCUUCUUCUGACCUCACCACGCUCCAGCCUCAGGGAUUGUAACCGCACCAUGAGUGUGAAGAGGAAGAAGGCUGGGCUGCUGAUCAGCUGGCACAAGUCCUUCUCCAUCCUGGCUCCUUGGAGGAAAGGGAAAGGAGACAGAGAUGCGGUGCAGGACAGCGAAGUAGUCCUGACCAAAAUGAAGCUCUUUAGCACCUUCCAGGAGAGGCUCCUGGUGGCAGAAGACUCAGUGUCCACGCUCUCCACUGCGUCUGUCUCAGAGCAGGACAUCUCAGAGCCCAUCAAAGCCUCUGAGGGGAAGUUCCGUCUUGAUGAAAAGUCGGGGCCAGACUACCUAUCUGCUAUUUUCUCAGACUCCCAGCUGCUGAGGCUGUAUAAGUUUGAGUCUGAGGAUUCUGGAGUGGAGCUGCCAAGUGGAGCUAACUCUCCUUCUACCCCCACCGGCUCUGAGCACAGCUUCGUGGUCCACAGCCGAGAGUCCUCCUGCAACUCCUGCAUCCUAAACUCUGACCCUACCUCUCUGCACGAUGAACACACGUCUGAGAUCCAACAGGCAGAGGACUCAGUGGAUAUCAGUCUGAGAACAGCAGGGGAUACUCAGGAUGAUGUGCUCACACACUCAGAGGAGCUGAGUCCAGCUGUGGGAGUGGACCUGCUCACAGAGAGGGAGCAGUGCAGGACUGAGAUGUCUGAUCAGCUCCAGGACAUUAGACCCGUAGGAGAAAGGACCUGCUCAGAGGACAUGAGGCCUAGGAAGCAUUCCUCACCAGGAGCCUGUGAUGACAUGGUGGGUAGUGACUUUGAGCCUGAGCCUAUAAGAAGGAGCGACACUAUUGACAGCCUGGAGGACUACAUGGACCAAUGCUGCAGACUGAGUGAGCAGGCCAAUCCCAGCCCUUUGACCUCCGGCCUGGGUUACCUGGAGCACAUCUGCCAACUGAUCGAGAAGAUGGGCCAGCUGCAGGAGAACAACCUGCGGCUGCAGAGGCACAUCAGCAGCCUGCAGAAGGGCGGCCGGGUGUCAAAGACCAAAGAGGACUUCUUCCAGCAGCACUGCAGCUGUGGUGCAGCAGAGCUGGCUUUCCAGGACUCUCACAAGAGACACUCCAGGAGUGAGUGUCUGUCCCCCAGUGGAACCCUGUCGGACCUGUCCACCAUCCACGAGGGCAGCCGGCACCCCCUCCUAUCCAGCAGGACAGACAGGAGCAGUGAGGGUCUGAGCCCUUUCCCUCUGUGGAGGAGAGGCUUGGAGCGCAGGAGUUACACUGAGGGGGAGGGGUACUUCCUCUGGGACAGCAUGGAGGGACUCUCCCCCCCCCAGUGCAGGCUGCGUGAAAACUGCACAUGGGGCAGAGUCAAAGACCUGGUCAGGAAAACUAAGCUGAGGAACCAGAACAGGCUGGCACUGACUCCCAACAGGCUGAAAAUGUCAUGCCCACAACUCUACAUGCUUGACCUGGACCCAGUAAAACCUGCUGGCAGAGACAGGAACUCCAUGAUUGCCCUAGGCCACCACACCAAGUUGGAUUUCCCUUGGCUACAAUAAUCUUCCAGAUCAGGUCCGUUGGUCUCACAUGCAUAACUGGAGGACACCAGGAAGGUACACAGAGUGGAUGGAAGACUGUACAGGAGGACAUGAAGAAGAGAAAGAAGGGAAUGAAGAAGAAAGAGUGGAACGGACUCUGUAUUAGAGAUGAUGCUGCAGAAUGUAAGGGACAAUGAAAGUGUCAAUAUUAAAAGAAUAUGAUUUACAGUGACUAUUUGGACUGCAUUAUAUAUACUGUGUAAAUACUAUUUACUAAAAUCUGUAAAUUCCAACUGUUAUGAAACUCACAAACAUUGCAUUAGUGUGCUAUAUGAUGUUGUAAACAUGUUAUAUACAAACGACAGACUGCUUUGUACAGUAAUGUUGCGUAACCAGACUGCAUGCAGGAGCAGGAGAAGUGCACAUUUACAGUGGCAGCCCAUAAACCCUGAUGAAAGGAGUCAUAGAAACAUCACUCUCUUGAUAUAGCUAGAAAAUAUACUUUAUAAGUGAUAUGUUUAAUGACAUGCAGAGCUUGUGUUAGGCAUUGUGAGUGAUCUUCAGUUCUCUUGCCUCGCUCCAGAGAAGCUGCAGGAGUCCUGAGAGGAAGUCACAACCGGACUGAGUGAGUCAGCUGAUUUCACAUUAGUGCUGUGAAAGCUUUGGUGUGCUUCAAAUGCAAUUAUUGUCCGACCAUCAAACUCAGGGGUGUCCAAACUACAGACCGGGGCCAACUGUGGCCCGUUGAAUCGGCCCUCAUCAAAUUGUUAAAGUAUAAUGGAAUAUGGCCCACAGCUGAAACUUGUGGUUGUCUGUUAUUCUACUCCUUAAAUAUAUAUAUUACACAGUCAUAUCCAUGUGUUCAUAAGCACACUUUGCAAAUAACUUCAGUCAAUUAAAGUCCAAAACAUUUUCUAACAAAUAUUAGUUUUAAAAAAUAAAAUAAAAAAUGAUUUGCAUUGUAAGCUUGACAUAUACCCUUUAUAUUUCCCUUUAUUAUAAGCAAUCUGAGGCUUCUGUUUUAAGGAAUGAGCCAAACCUUUUUAUUACAAAAUAAAGUUAACCCUAGAGAGCUGAGAUGUAUACUAUCUGUUUUCUUAAAGCAUUUUCAAGUAUCAAGCAUAAUGUACCCACAUUUGAUUGAUUUUGCUGACUUAUAACUUAAUUUAUGAGGCAAUAUACCUCACCUCUAGUGAGGGGCCCAGCCCUUAGUAUAUUGUCUGUAUGUGUACACCCCUGAUCUACCUGGAUCUGAAAACCCCUUGAUGAAGCUAGAAUUGAGGCAUCUGGACACAUUCUGAAACCAACAGGCCAAUAACAAAGCAGAAACAAACAAAAUAUUUUGAGACAAAGUGUUCCUAACUUCCAGAAAAGAGAGAAACACUUUUUGAAUUUCCACCUGUUAGGAUGAGAUCUAGGACUGCGUGUUACUGAUGUGACCCAUCCUGCUCCUCACAGCCAAAUGGUUUCCCUACUUCGUCUCAGCUCCCCAAACAGCAGUAAGUGGUUCUUUACUGAAAGUAAUAGGGUCAACAAUGUGCCCAUAGCAAACAGUCUUUACACUUAAAAGCCAUCCCAGCUGUAGUUGGCGAAAAAGACUUACUACUACUAGCUCAGUUCGGUUUUACACAUUUUUUUUUUCAGGUUUCCAUUGUUUAUAUUUAUUUGGUUGUUUUUUAAAGAAACAAAUCAUGUAACUGACUUUCAGGAUUCAAAGCAAACUUAAUAAAAAAAAGACAACACUCUUGGCAAACUGCAAGAUGACUGCCUCAGACCAUUAUUCUGCCAUAGCACAAUGGAUGACCAAAGAUAAUUAUAAAUACCAGUUAUUAAUUAUAAAAAGCAGUAAUUACUUUUUAUUUUUAAGUGACCACAGAAAUUAUAUCUGGACAGCAAACUUAGCUAAUACAGAAACAAGAAAGUAGCUGCUUUAUUGUUUUGGACACUUUAGCUUCUGAGACACGGACACCACAUACGUGUUGCUUCAGAAACACUGUCUACACAAGGAUCAGGCAGUUAAAGAAGGGAUGUAUUUUGCAUUUAAUAGAAAUCAAGCUGUUUUUCUGUAAAUUAUAUCUGAUGUUUAACUGGCUGUCAGGCAACUGCAUAUGUGUGUAAAUGUGCGUUUAUGUUCCAGUAUGAAUAUUGCAUCAAUAACACAUUUAUUUUUCAAAUUAAACUAUAAAAAUGGA